AUGGAAAAAAUGCCUACUCGUCAAUUGGGAAAAAAUGGUCCCCAAGUAUCAGCGAUCGGUUUUGGAGCAAUGGGUUUAUCAGCAUUUUAUGGAACUCCUGCAUCUGAUGAAGAAAGAUUCAAAGUUCUUGAUAGAACAAUCGAACUUGGUUGUACUUUCAUUGAUACAGCUGAUGUGUAUGGAGAUAAUGAAGAACUUAUUGGAAAAUAUUUCAAAACUUAUCCAGAACGAAGAAAAAAAGUAUUUCUUGCAACAAAAUUUGGUAAUGUUGUUUCUCCCGAAGGAAAAUUCUCAGUUCGUGGUGAUGCAGAAUAUGUUCGUCAAGCAUUUGAACGAAGUUUAAAACGUCUUGAUCUUGAUUCUGUCGAUCUUUAUUAUGCACAUCGCAUUGAUAAAAAUGUUCCUAUUGAAGAAACAGUUAGUGCUAUGAAAGAACUUGUUCAAAAUGGAAAAGUUAAAUAUAUUGGUUUAUCAGAAUGUUCAAGUGAUACAAUUCGACGAGCUCAUGCUGUUCAUCCAAUAUCUUGUGUGCAAAUUGAAUAUUCACCAUUUAGUUUAGAUAUUGAACGAGAUGAUAUUGCUCUUUUAAAAACAUGUCGAGAACUUGGAGUUGCUAUUAUUUGUUAUUCACCAUUAGGUCGAGGUCUUUUAACUGGACAAUAUCAAAGUCCAGAUGAUUUUGAAGAAAAUGAUUUUCGACGAAGUCAACCAAGAUUUUCAAAAGAAAAUUUUCCAAAAAAUCUUGAAUUAGUUAAUUAUAUUAAAGAAUUAGCUAAGAAAAAAAAUUGUACACCAGGUCAAUUAACAUUAUCAUGGAUUCUAGCUCAAGGUGACGAUUUUAUUCCAAUACCUGGUACAACAAAAAUUAAAAAUUUAGAAGAAAAUAUUGCAGCUGUUCAUAUUCAUCUAACUGAUCAAGAAGUUAAAGAAAUUCGUGAAGCUUGUGCAAAAGCUAAUAUUGUUGGUGAACGUUAUUCAAAACAAUUUUGUAGUAAUUUAUAUGGUGAUUCAGCUCCAAUGAAGAAAUAA